AGAUGCCUAAUGUCCGAGUGCAUUUAUCUUCCUUUGAAUUUUUGAGUAAUUUUAAUUUUUUAAGAUACCCACAUCAUGCCUUCCAUACAACCUCCGCGGUAUGGGGUUUAUACUCCCAUGGUGACAUUCUUCCACGAGAAUGAGGACAUUGAUUAUGACAGCAUCACCCAGCAUGUCCAGAGGCUCCUUGGAAGCGGCGUCGCUGGUCUAGUCGUGCACGGAAGCAAUGGCGAAGCCACACAUUUGUUACGUGAAGAACGAGCCCAGAUAAUCCGUCACGUUCGCACGGUUGCCAGCAAAGAUUACCCCGAAGCUGUCAUCAUUGCCGGAUGCAGUGCCAACAGUGUGCGCGAGACAUUGUUGAACAUUUCAGAGGCCGAAAAGGCGGGGGCAAAUUAUGCUUUGGUGUUGCCUCCCAGCUACUGGAGUGCCGCGAUGAGCAAGCCAGUUAUCAGAGGAUUCUACGCCGAAGUUGCUAGCAAGUCAGCGCUUCCGAUAGUCAUCUACAAUUUCCCCGGCGUAACAUCUAACAUUGACCUUGACUCGGAUCUCAUUAUUGAUCUAGCCCGGUCCUACCCACAGAUUGUUGGCGUCAAGCUUACGUGCGGAAAUUUGGGCAAGCUGCAGCGUCUUUCUGCGUCUUUUGCUGCAUCCGAAUUUGCUCCCUUUGCUGGAAAAUCAGACUUUCUCCUUCCCGGCUUAACGGCGGGCUCUAAUGGUGUCAUUGCUGCUUUAGCAAAUGUCGUCCCCAAAGUCCAUGUCAAGGCAAUUCAACUUUAUCAAUCUGGAGAGUUCGAGAAGGCACAAGAAAUCCAACGAAAGCUGUCCGUUGCCGACUGGGCGCUUUUGAAGCUGGGUAUCUCGGGGGUUAAGGCGGCCAGCACCAAAUUUUUUGGCUAUGGCAGCUCACAGCCACGGAAGCCAUUGCCUCGGGCAGAGGUGGGUGCAAUUCAAGGAGAAAUCUUGGAUGCUCUUCAAGUUAUGGUAGACUUGGAGAAACAGUUGUAA